AGAGAGAGAGAGGAGGGAAAGGAUCGAAGAAACAAAGGCGAAGAAGAAGAAGAGGAGGAAAUGGAGGAGAUAACCCCACCUCCCCUAUCCCCUCUCUCUCCCUACAUCGCCUCUUUGAGGAGCUGCUUCGCCGCGGCGCCCCCCGCCGCCGUUCCGGCGAUCGUCGACUGCGUCGCCGCCUCCGCCUCGGUCUCCCCCAACGACCUCUUCGUCUCUCUCCUCCGCGCUUUCCCUGAUCCCGCCGAGGUUCUUGAAUCGAACUACGCCGUGUCGCACGCUGCCGCACUUUGCCAUUUGAUCAAGAAUACCGAGUAUCCGCGUGAUGCGAUGCGAUCGCUAAUCUGGAGAGUGUUCGUGCCGCUACUGAAAGCGAUCAAAAUCAAUGACACGGAGUUGCUCAAUCCGAUUGUUGGGUUGCUAUGUGAUGCCAUUUCCAAAAACGAAUCUUGGGAGCUGUUGGGGACGACCAUCGUGCCUUUCUGCCUCAGGUCGAUAGGCCUCGGCGUGGGCCUUCCGCAGAAUGAUGAAUUGUCUGUUUACAAAUGGAGUAGCGAAGGAGCAGUCGACGGGAACUUUGAAGGGGUGUCAUCACAAUCUUUACCACUUAUAACGACUUGCCGUAUCUUGAAAUCUUUGUUGAUUGCCGUAUUGAAAAUAAGGGAGGGGCAUUGUAGCUUAGAUUUAAUGUCUAUUGAAGGGUGCAGAUCAUUGGAUGCCCUAGCUCAGAAUUUGACUUGGGACCUGUCAAAAUUGGUGCUCUGCAUGCUUACACAGAGUCCGGACUAUCGAUCUUGUGCCACCCGCAUGCUUCUUCCGGUCCUACUCGGCUCGCUUAAUGAGUUUUCUUCGGUCACAGUAUUUGCUCAUGAGAAAGAAUUCACACUUUCCAGGUUCUCUGUCUUGAAAGAUAUAUGGAAGUGCUGUAUUUCUCUGUUUUCUUUGGGGCGUCAGGAGCGAUCUGAUGCAUACAGUAUCCUCUCGUUGUACUUCUCUCACCAUGUAGAAAAAUGCGAAACUGUUGCAAAAUAUGAUAGCUCUGAAGACUUUGAUAUAAGAGACACAAAAGAAUUCUGGGAGGAAGUUCGCAAAGGGUUGGUUGAUAGAGAUGGUUCAGUGAGAAAGCAAGCUUUGUAUGUCAUUAAAAUAUUGCUAAGAAAUUGCUCUUCUUCCACUGAAAGCGAUUUUGAUCAAUACUGCUCUGGUGAUUCUAAACUCCCUCAAGAUGCCAAGAGAAGCUCGGCUGCCACGUAUUGUCGGACUUCAUCACAUGCCACUAUGACAAAAAGAGAAAGAUGGGCUGAUGAAGAAGCAAAGUCCUUAGGUGUGGGAGAGGUAUGCCAUUCGGAUCAAUUUUGUUCAAGUAGUUAUGACAGAUGGAAGGUUUUCUUGUUACUAUAUGAAACGCUGGAAGAAUACGGCACACAUUUAGUUGAGGCUGCUUGGACUCACCAGGUAGCUUUGUUGCUUCAGUCUCGAUCACAGAGUGAUUAUUUGGAUUCUGUAGAUCAUGGAGGCCAUCAUUUCCAGAUGGAAACUCUCGAGGGAGUUUUAAGUUGGAUGGUUGUAUUGUGGGAACGUGGUUUUUCUCAUGAAAACCCUCAAGUGCGGUGUUUAAUUAUGCAAUCAUUUUUGGACAUUGGAUGGAAACAAUAUGACAAUUUUGCUCAAAGAAUUCCCAAAGACUUUGUUCUUGGUCCUCUUAUAAAUGGAUUGAACGAUGUUGUUCACCACAAGGACUUCGGUGUGAGAGGUGUUUAUAGUUCAAAAACGAUAGAAGGUGCUGCGAAGUUCUUUCAUGAAUUUUCCCGCCAAAUGAUGUUGAGUGUCCGCUUGUCGCUGGUUUGGUCCUUAGCAUCCGCUGCUAAAUAUGAUUCAUUUGGUCGAGCUGGAUUAAUGGCUCUUGCCUUUUGUAUUGCUUCUUCUGCUGGGUGGUCUGAAGAUACACAGGGGGGAACUGAUGUAAGUUGUGCCCUUGCUACUUCAGAGGCAAAGGAAACAAUAUAUGGUGGAGUUACUCUUUUGCCCGUCAGUCCUGAAGAUGUAUUGGAUGCUUUGGGGGUGGUUAUUGAGAGAAGCAAACAGCACUUCAAUCCAAAUUAUCGUCUUAAAGUUUGUCAGCAGGUUCUUAAAGCUGCAUCAGCCUUGAUAAAUAUAACUGAUGUCCCACUUGAUCUGCUUUUGCACUUUCUUUCAUCGGUACCUCGAGAGUUUACUGAUCUUACUGGAUCAUUAAGAGGAAUCGUGCAGCAAUGGCUCGUGCAUAGUAGCUACCAAUGCCCUGUUGAUACCAGUUCUUGUUUUUUUAAUGAGCUUAUCAGUUUCCCGACAAGCUUCAUAAAUCACACGUACUCAGCAGAAGGGUUGUAUACUUUUGAUGAUGAGGAUGUAGGUGCAUGGGAAGCUGAGGCGCAAAGGUGGGCAAGGGUUCUUCUUCUCAUAGACUCGGAGCAACAUAUAGAGCCAAUAUUCAAGUUAUUACGGAACUAUGGCAGUAAUCUUUCUGCAGAGGACCAGAAUAUAAAGUGGAGGUCUAUUAAGUUUCUCAUUAUCAUUUUGAGAAUGGUUGAGGAACUUCAAAUUAAUUGGAGGAAAUUAAUGAGUAACAGAUUGGAUCAAUUCUGUCCUCUUUUAAUUUCCAUUUGUGAAAACUUUACAGUUUCAUUACUUCCGAUUAUGGAGGAACUUGUGGUGUUUGCCAAAUCGGUGUGUCCCCUUUUGCUGUCAGUAGAUGUGACAGAAGAGACUGACUUACCGUGUUCUGUCAAGGGAAAGCUUGGAGGCCCGAGUCAAAGGCGUCUGGCUUCAUUUAUGACCUCUUCUGUGUUGCAAGCUGUUUUGUUGAUGAGGACUGUUGCCUGUGUUUUGUCAUGGUGCAGUCAGCAUGCAAAGGAUGUUUCCCUUAAUUCAUCAUUUACUUUCCUAUCAGAAUUCUCUUGGAAAGUUAUCCAAUCUCCAACCUAUGCUACAGAGACUGGAGCAGAAGUUCGUUUAGCUGCAUAUGAAGCUCUGGCUUAUGUAUUGAGUGCGUUGUCUUCUGGCGUCACAUCUUUUAAUCUUGAUUUCACGAAGGCUUACAGCAAGCCGCAGUGCUUAAAUGGAGAAAGAGAGCCUUCAUUAGAUUUGCUCGCUAUUAGCUUUCUCACCAACAUCAACGAUCUCCUUGCAAAUGGAGUUUUGACACGAAGCAGGCGAGCAGUUUUAAUGUAUUGGAAGUGGCUUUGUAUGGAGUCCCUGCUUGCUAUUCCGUACAGUGUUAGCGGGAAAGGAAUUCAUCGAGGGUGUUCAAAUUGCUUAUUUGCAGACUCAACUCUCAGGACCAUUUUUUCUGAUAUUGUGGAAAGCCUUGAAAAUGCUGGUGAAAAUUCUGUCCUGUCCAUAUUGAGAUGUGUUAGACUGGUUUUUGGGCUUUCUCAGAACAAUUUACACUCCUGUAGAUCAAGAGAAGAAAUUUCCUCACUUUCCAAGGUCGAUUGUCAGAUGAUGAGGCAACUAGUGAAAUCUUCCUGGUUAUUACACCUUAGCUGCAAUAAACGUAGAGUUGCACCUAUUGCUGCUCUUUUAUCUGCAGUUUUGCAUCCUGCAGUAUUUAGUGACUUGAACAUGCAUGAGACAGAUGGAAAGGGGAAAGGCCCGUUAAAAUGGUUUGUUGAGCAACUACUUGAUGAAGGUGUGAAAAGUCCUCGCACUAUUCGUCUUGCAGCUUUGCAUCUGACAGGAUUAUGGCUGUUACACCCAAAAGUACUGAAGUGUUACAUAAAAGAAUUGAAGUUGCUCUCUUUAUAUGGCUCUGUGGCUUUUGAUGAGGACUUUGAUGCUGAGCGAUCAGAAAACCAUGAUGCAAGAGCUGAAGUUUCUUUGUUAGCUCAAAGCCCAGAUUGUGAGUUCACAGAGGUGUUUAUUAAUACAGAAAUGUAUGCUCGUGUAUCUGUUGCUGUUCUCUUUUAUCAAUUAGGAAACUUAUGCAAUAGGAAGGAAGCAUUGGAAACUGAAGAAUCUUUGUCUGCCCUUCAAUGUGGAAAACUUUUUCUACUGGAGCUCCUCGAUUCUGCGGUGAAUGAUAAAGAUCUCUCAAAGGAGUUAUACAAAAAAUAUAGCAGUGUUCAUAGACGCAAAGUUCGUGCUUGGCAAAUGAUAUGUGUAUUGUCCCACUUUGUCGAGGAGGAUAUAGUUGAAGAAGUCACCUCUAAGUUGCAUCUUUGUCUAUAUAGAAACAAUUUACCAGCUGUCAGACAGUACUUGGAAACAUUUGCCAUACAGAUAUACUUGAAAUUCCCAACACUGGCUGAGCAGCAGCUAAUUCCUAUUUUUCACAAUUACACCAUGCGGGCACAGGCACUUUCUUCCUAUGUAUUCAUAGCAGCAAACAUAAUCCUGCAUUCAAGUGAUUUGUCUGUUCAGAUAAAGCAUUUGAAUGAGCUCCUUCCUCCAAUAGUUCCAUUCUUAACCUCCCAUCACCAUAGCUUACGUGGUUUCACUCAGGUUCUUGUUUAUUGUGUACUAUCGAAGUUAUGGCCUGCUCUGAAACUUCAUAAUUCAGAAGUUGAACCUUUGGAGAAGAAGUGCUUUGAAGAUUUGAAGACAUAUUUGGCAGAGAACAAUGACUGUGCAAGCCACAAAGAUAAGCAGGAACUUGAUGGUAAUAUAAAUGGGUCAUUACGAAGUUUUAGAGACAUACCUCUGGAUUUUCAGAAAAAGAUCAUGCUGAAUAAAGAUAGAAAGUCUGUACCCACUGAUACUGAUGGAAUUCUCGGAUGUACUGAUUUUUCAAGACCACUUUUUGAAAUAGAAAAGGAAGAUCAACUUCUCAACUCAGUGCUUCAGUUGAGAAAUCAAGCUAUGGAAAUGAUAAAAAUAAGUCAACAGCAAAUUAUCCUCGUAGCUUCACUGCUUGAUCGUAUACCUAAUCUCGCUGGAUUAGCACGAACCUGCGAGGUGUUCAAAGCAGCUGGUUUGGCCAUUGCUGAUGCCAGUAUUCUUCAGGACAAACAAUUCCAACUUAUCAGUGUGACAGCUGAGAAGUGGAUUCCUAUCAUAGAAGUUCCAGUUAGCACUAUUAAGGUUUUCUUAGAAAAGAAGAGGCAGGAGGGCUACUCCAUCAUCGGUCUGGAGCAGACUGCUAACAGCACACCCCUCGACCUAUAUUCUUUCCCAAAUAAUACGGUACUGGUUCUGGGAAGGGAGAAGGAGGGCAUCCCUGUAGAUAUAAUCCAUGUCUUAGAUGCUUGUGUGGAAAUUCCUCAACUGGGUAUUGUAAGGUCGCUGAAUGUUCAUGUAAGCGGUGCUAUUGCACUUUGGGAGUAUACUCGACAGCAAAGAUCGAAAAAGUCAUGAUCUUUUCUCUCAGAUUUUUAUUUCUUGUUGUGCCAUUAUUCUUGGUAUAGGAGAUAGAAGGAUUAAGAUAGAGAGGUAACUUAUACGAUUACUCCGAAGAUAUGGAUGGCCAUAAUAUACUGGUUUACUAAUUCAUCAUUUUAAAACUAGUCCAUCACUGGGUUUCUUACAGUAUGUAUAACUUGGAGAUGAUGUGAAAUUUUGAGAUACUUUUUGAGGAACAAAGUAAAGCAGCUGGCUGUUGUAGGAAAUUUUUGAAUAUAAUGUU